AUGGCUGACAACGGCAUUCCCCCGGUUGUAGCUGCUGAUGCUGCUGCCGCUGCUGCUACUGAGGCACCAGCACGCCCAAGAAAACAAGCAGGGGGGCGCGAAGUCAAAGAGGAAGAGUCUCUUGACGUUCCAACAGAGACUAAAGACGAGCCUGUAGCCGAUGUUAAAGAAGAGAAUAAAGAUGAGCCUGCUUCUGCUGACGCGAAGGAAGAGACAAAAAAUGAACCCGCCGCCGAUGUCAAGAAGGGAGAACCAAAGACCGAGGCAACAGGUCAUAAGACUUGGGUGCAAAAAUUCCGGAGCAACGUCAAGUUCGAUGCUACAGUGCUUCCUGAGUCAGAUGAUCCAGUCGAGAUGCGCAAGCAGGUCGAAUUCUACUUUUCGGAUUCAAAUUUGCCUUACGACAAGUUUCUCUUCGGCCUUGUCGGCAAGGAAAACAAGCCAGUACCUCUCAAACUUGUCGCAUCAUUUAAGAGAAUGAAACGUUUCACCAACCGUGAUACACUCGUCAAGGCUUUACAAGAAAGCGAAGUCUUGGACCUCGCUGGAGAUGCCGGAGAAGAAACCAUCAAAAGGAAGAUCCCAUUGGACAUCACCGAAGUUAUUCCCCGGAAUACACGACGGGAGGAAGGGCCAGAAUCCGUAAAGUCCAUGGCCGAGUCCGCCAAUGUAUACAACCGAACCGUCGCCGUCGGGCCGAUCACUGAUAAAGCGAUCAAUAAAAGCAUCUAUGCGAAAGGGUUUGGGGUAGAAACUCCUUCUACUCAGGUGGACAUCGAAAAGUUUUUCGACCCCUUUGGUCCUAUCUGUGGAGUCAGGCUUCGCCGCACAAACUAUGGAAUUUUUAAGGGAUCAGUCUUCGUCGAGUUCACCAGCGAUGAAGCCUCAGAAAAAUUUAUGGCAUUGGAGGAAAAACCUAAGUGGGAAGGCAAAGACCUAUUGUGGAAAUCAAAACUGGAAUAUGUUGAGGGGAAAAUUCAAGACAUUAAAGACGGAGUAGUACAGCCAAAACGCGGUAAUGAGAGGAAGAAUAGCGGUGAUGGGAAAUCUGGUGGUGAUAGGGGUAAAAAUAAUUCCAACCGCGGCGGUGGUGGUCGUGGUGGUAACCGGAAUCGUGGCGGGCGUGGCGGGCGCGGAGGACGUGGAGGACGAGGAGGGCGCGGAGGGUCCAAUGACAGGCACAAUAAUAGAAGCGACAAGCCUAACAAUCCCGAGGGAGCCAAGAAAAACGAGAAUGGCAUCCCACAGCUCAAAAGCAGCUCGGAAGUUAAUACCUCUACUCAAAAUGAAGCCGCUAAAAGGAAGGCCGCAGACGAUGGCGAGAAUGGCUUGAAGAAAGCCAAAACUGAUGCAUCCCCGGUUGCCUGA